AUGCUGGGAACGCACAUAAAUUAUAUACAGGAAAAGCCGGAGAUGGUAGAGCUAACGGCAGUGCUAAGCGGCAAAGAGGGAUCCUUUUCUGAGGAAGGUACUCUUGUGCAGGUAAUUGAAAAAAGGCAUAAUAAGAAGGCAAAAAGACAGAGUAUAGGGAAGAGUCGUGGUAUAACAGUCCGAGAAAAGGCAAAGAGCAUUAGCAAUUCACCGUUAAAUAUUUUAGAAGAGAGCAGAAGCAGACAAAAGACACAAUUUAGUGGUAUUUUUGGAGAAAUAGAUAUUAAUGACGGAACAUACUUAGUCUAUGUGAAGGAGAGCAGAGUGGUUGGAGAGAUAAAAGGAGAAAAGGUAUACGAAGCACUUGAUUGUGGGAGCAUAUGCAUUGACGGCUUGGAAGAUCCAAUGAUAAAAGGCGUGUUUACUGAGUUUUUCAAAAUACCAGGAAUGUUCUUCUCCAAGUAUAAUUUAGGAAAUGCAGGCUCAUCUGUUAAAGAAAACACAGACUUUAUUUACAACUUUAUUCCUUUAUCGAAGUUUAGACAGAAUAAUCCCGAUGCAAGUAUGUUUGGGAUUGAGCUAAUACAGGGUUUUUUUGGGCAAUGUGCUCUUUCGGGGAAGGUGAAUCUCAUGUGCACACUUAUAAGCCGGCGGUCGUGGAGAAAUGCAGGGACACGCUACUAUGCUAGAGGAUCGGACCCUAAUGGAGAUGCAGCCAACACGGUAGAAACGCUCUUAAUUGCCGAGGGAGAAGAGGAUAACAAGCCGAUUCAGCGGGAAUUUAUACAGUGCAGAGGGUCAAUUCCAUUAUCCUGGGAGCAGAAAAUAAAUUUGUCAUACAAGCCACCCAUUAGAAUGGGGAGCUGCGAUGUAAGCAGGCACUUAUUCUCAAAGCACUUAGGCGUUCUGCAGCGAAGGUAUGGUAGAUACUUUUUUGUCACACUGCUAGACAUCAAGGGACAUGAAAAAGAACUUAACAGCAAAUUUACAAAUGCGCUCAAGGAGACAGGCUGUAAAUAUUUAGCAGUAGACUACCAUAAAAUGGUCAAGAGCACAGAGGAAAAAAAGCAGUUCAAAAAAAGUCUGAAGGAGAUACUUUCAAAUAGAUGCAUAAUACGGACAAACUGCGUUGACUGCCUGGAUAGAACCAAUGUAGUUCAAUCACAACUUGCCAAGAUACGUCUGGUAGAGUUGUUAGGGCUAAAGGAGUUUUCUAGCAAUAAUGACGUUUUAGACAUCGAUGACUAUUUAAAUGAAAGCUCAAUUAAAAAGUUUGGGCAGCUCUGGAAUAGCAAUGCAAAUAUGUUAUCAAUGCAGUACACAGGAACAUCUGCACUGAAAAACGACUUGACGGAGCACGGGGUAAGAACCAUAAAAGGGCUAAUACAAGAUGCAAUAAGCAGCGGAAAGAGGUAUGUAAACAACAAUUUCACCGAUGGCAGGAUGCAGGAGAUUAUUGAAGUUAUUACCGGAGUACGGCAGACUCUGGGAAACUGUAUUAGGGGGGAUAGAAAGAUUGAAAUCUAUGUAGCUAUCUGGGCAGUGAUUAUUUACUGUCUAUAUAGGCGCAGCACUAGUGCAGGGACAGCAGGGCUAGUUUGUUUUAUACUUCUGUUUAGAAGUGCACUCUUUUUCUGCCUGUCAUUUCCAUCUCCCCUUACAGCAACUAAAAGCCGAAUAAGCGAAAAGCCAAAUGCGUCUACGUUAUAG